AAACAAAUAAACAAAACAAAUACAAAACUCACAAACUGUUUUACAACUGGAAUAACAAAAUUUGCUAAUGUAUAAACAAACUAAGAAAUGUUUAUCCUGGUGAUAUUUUUAGCAUAGGUUGAAUUGCUUUUGUAAUGCCUUGUCGAGUGCCUUGUAUUUCAAGAAAUAAGGCUUAUUUGGUGUUCUGGUAUUGCUUUGUAAUAUCAUAACAAUUUUCUGCAAAUUCAUUGUCUAAGUACUUCUUUGAAAUCCUAUGAUAUUCCAAAGGAGGAAUGAAGCUUAAAAUACUAAUGCACCAAUUCAAAGGACAACAUGAUGUGGAAAUUCAUAUUGAUGGUUAUGAUAUAUGCUUUUACAUCAGUACAGUCUAGAAAUGAUCCAAAAAACGACCCCAGGAACAAUGGUGACUUGGCUUUAUGGAUAGAUGAGAAACAAGUUAAAAUGUUCAGUGGAAUGUCCAUGGAAAUAUAUGCUAUAGUAAAUGGAAAUGUGUUGCCAUAUAUUCUUGACCCAAACUUUGAAAAAUAUCUACCUGUCAUCCCCUCUGAAGUUGGCUAUGUGAACUUCACUUGGAAGGCAGGCAACAAAAAAUAUUACUAUCAUUUUGAUAGGUUACAAUCAUAUGAUGAAAGUAUUUUAGAAGCACCUGUUAUUUCUAUUAAAACUAAAGGGCGUGUACCACGCAGACCUAAAGAAUUCAGUAUUUUUCUCAAUUGUCUUGGCAAUAGUUCUGGCAUUGCCAAAUUUGGCAUAGGGUUACUGAUUGAGAGUAGAAAAGGAAAACCAUUAAAUGGAACCCCUUUGAGGUUGAAACUAAAGAAAGAAUGCUCUCAAAGAAGUCCUGAUCCUGAGUGUGAUAAGAAGUGUGCAAAUCAAGGAUGGUGUAAUCAUGAGAAAAUCUGUCAGUGCCCUGAUGGUUAUAUGGGACAAUAUUGUCGAACAGCAUUAUGCUACCCCCAAUGUAUGAAUGGGGGUAACUGCACAUCUCCUGGUAUAUGUAGUUGUCCCCCUGGUUUUCAAGGAAGGCAUUGUGAAGGAGGAAUAUGUAGUGAAAAAUGUUUGAAUGGAGGCAAAUGUGUUCAAAAAGAUACUUGUGAAUGUUCAAAAGGCUACUAUGGUCCACACUGUGAAUUUUACGAGAAUUCUCCAUGUUUACUCAGACAAUUCACAUGUGCAAACAAGAAAUGUAUACCAAUAUCUUUUUUGUGCGAUGACGAAAAAGAUUGUGAAGAUGGGUCAGAUGAAGAUCCUAAGGAAUGUAUGAAAAAUGUGACCUGUGCCAGUGAUCAGUUCAAAUGUCAUACCGGCAAAUGCAUUCCUAAUCAUUGGCAAUGUGAUAAUGAUAAAGACUGUAAUGAUGGUAGUGAUGAAGAUGAACAAUUAUGCCAAAAAAAACUCUGCAACUUAGAUGAAUUUACCUGCAGGUCCGUUCCAGGAGAAUGUGUCCCACUCACAUGGAUGUGUGAUGAUAAUCUGGACUGCUCAGAUGGCAGUGAUGAAAAAUCGUGCAAUGAAACUUGCAGAACAGAUGAAUUCACGUGUAAAAAUGGGAAAUGUAUUCAAAAGCGCUGGGUUUGCGACUUGGACAAUGACUGUGGAGAUAAUUCGGAUGAGGAAAAUUGUCCGAACAUUACUUGUCCUACUGAUUAUCAGUGUUCUGAAAAAUUCUGUAUCGCUUCCAAAUGGAGAUGUGACGGAGAAUAUGAUUGUGCAGAUGGAAAAGAUGAACAAGGAUGUCCGAAGUCUUCUGGGAAAUUUUCAUUCUGCCUUCAAGAGGAGUACGAAUGCGCAGACGAUUUCACUUGCAUUCACAAGAGCUGGCUGUGCGACGGCACAAAAGAUUGUGCGGACGGGUCUGAUGAGUCGCCUGAUAAUUGCCGAAACGUUACCUGUCGAGUCGAUCAGUUUCAAUGCAAAGAUCGAUCUUGCAUCGCGGGACAUUCGCACUGUGACGGAAAACGAGACUGUUCUGAUGGGAGCGAUGAAGAGAAUUGUGAUCUACCAGUACCAAAAUGCGAUCCAAAAACCCAGUUCAAUUGCGGUGGUGGUCAGUGUAUAUCUUUCUCAGAAGUUUGUGAUGGCAAGCAAGAUUGUCCGAAUUGGGAAGAUGAGCCUAAGGACAAAUGCGGAAUAAAUGAAUGUAACAAGAAUAACGGGGGUUGCAGUCAAAAAUGUGUUGAUACGCCAGCAUCCUUCUACUGUGACUGUGAAAAUGGGUACAAACUAGUUGAUAACAGAACUUGCAAAGACAUCAACGAAUGCGAAAUCCCAGGCAGCUGCUCCCAACUCUGCAUCAACGACAAAGGCGGCUUCAAAUGUGAGUGCGACAGCGGCUACAUGCGCGACCCCAAAGACCUUUCCCGAUGCAAGGCCAUCGAGGGCCAUGCUUCCUUGCUCUUCGCUCGCAGGAGAGACAUCCGCAAAAUAUCCCUGGACCAUCACGAGAUGACCAGCAUCGUGAACGAAACGAACUCCGCCACGGCCCUGGAUUUCGUUUUCAGAACCGGGAUGAUAUUUUGGAGCGACGUCACCGAUAAAAAAAUCUACAAGGCUCCCAUUGAUGAAGGAAACGAAAGAACGACCGUUAUCACCAACGAUCUAACAACCUCGGAUGGUUUGGCUGUCGACUGGAUUUAUAACCACAUAUAUUGGACAGACACUGGCAAAAACACCAUAGAGCUGGCCAAUUUCGAUGGGAAGAUGCGGAAAGUGCUGAUCAAGGACGAGCUGGAGGAGCCGAGGGCCAUCGCUUUGAAUCCCAUGGAGGGGUGGAUGUUUUGGACCGAUUGGGGAAGCAACCCUAAGAUCGAGCGCUCGGGGAUGGAUGGUUCGCACAGGCAGACUAUAGUAAGCUACGACGUGAAAUGGCCUAACGGUUUGACCAUCGACCUAGUAAAGAGCCGGGUGUAUUGGGUGGAUGCUAAACUGAAUACGAUUUCGUCGUGCGAUUACAACGGAAGGAACCGAAGGGUGAUUUUGUUCUCGCCCGACGCGCUGAGACACCCGUUCUCCAUAACGACGUUCGAGGAUUGGGUCUACUGGACAGAUUGGGAUAAGGCGGCUGUCUUCAGAGCGAAUAAGUUCACUGGGAAAGACAUUAAAGCUAUCACAGCCACGGAAAUGAUUCAAAAUCCUAUGGUCAUUCAUGUCUAUCAUCCGUACAGACAACCGGACGGUGAAAAUCAUUGUCAAGCAGUCAAUGGUCACUGUUCUCAUCUUUGUUUACCGGCCCCGCAAAUCAAUAAAUUGUCUCCGAAAAUAUCUUGCGCAUGUCCAGAGUCACUUCGGAUGAUGGACGAUGGGCUUACCUGCGUACAGGAUGAAAACCUCACAACUACCCCCUAUUCAGUGACAUAUUCAGAUUUUACUACAGAGUUCAUAGAUUUAUUUACAGAGAGUGCCAACAAUAAGUCUCAUCCAAGUGCCCCAGGCAGUGAAACUUCAGAUAACGGGAUGAUAGCUAUAAUUACAAUUGUCAUAGGCCUGGUUGGGGUACUGAUAGUAGCGGCGGUGAUAUACUUCCUAUACAGACAUCUCAUGCAUCGUAACAUGACCUCUAUGAAUUUCGACAAUCCAGUCUACCGUAAAACAACAGAAGAUCAAUUUUCGUUAGAGAAAAAUCACUUUCAAGCUCAAACAAGACCAUAUUUGAGUACUGUUGGUGAAGAGGCCCAAGAACCUUUAACUAAAGCAAAUGCAGGUGAUUCUGUUUAGGAACUUGAGGUGUUUUCAACAUGAAGACAUUUUGUUCCAUUACCGUUCCAAAGAUGCAUAUCUAGUUUAUUUUCAAACUUCUAAUUUCAUGAGACUGAUACAGUGACAAUUUUUCAAUUUCAAUGAGAUAAUCUUCAAGUUGAUACUGAUUUUCAGGUUGCCAAUUGUCUGAUGUUGAAAGUUUGCCCUCCAUUUCUCAAAAAUAUCAAAUUUGGGAUAGAUUAUUAUUUUUGUUUGAAAAUUUUCAAGAUCUUAAUUUUUGAAAUUAUGAGUCUUUGAAAAUUAACUAAGCAUGCAUGGAUUAGUAAUCCAAAGAUUGCCUGCCAGCUUUGUUAAUUUGUCUUCAACAAUUUUUCACCAGGUCUUGAUAUUGAAAGCCAGUUUUUACAAUUUUGGACGGCUUUUUAAAUUGAUGUAAAAAUCUGUUGUUUUCAUCACCUUUUUAAAUGAAUAUCUGUACAUCAUAAUAUAUCAAAUUUGUUUCAUAAGAAAUAUCUACAGUUCUUUUAUAAUAAAUAGUUGACGUCUAAAAAAUUUCACUUCCAUCAUUGCAAUGUUUCUUCGAAUUUCUAAUUUAUGUUGUCCCUCGAGCGUGGUUUGGAAAUCAUUGAAAACAACAGAUUUAUCAUAAACAAAUCCGCUGGCCAAUUUUACUGUUUUGGUGAACAUGAAGUAAUGCCCUGCUAGUUCAAAUUUGAGGGAAAUGUAGGAAAUGUGGCAUUUCAGGUAACAGUUUAAAUUAUUAGAGAUUGGUUUAUGGCAGACCUGAACAGAGAGAAUUGCUCAGUUAAACUGAAUAAGUAGCAUAUCUGUUCUAAAACAUGAAUGCCAAUUAAUGUGAUUUUAGUGUAAUUCCUAAAAUAAUUUAUAUGUAAAUAUUCUGUUUAUUUCAAGUGAUCAUAGGUUUUUGUAUAAAUUUGUUAGUUUAUUUUGUAUGUAUAUAUAUAAUGAAUUAAUUGAAUCAUCACCAGCUAUUCAAUUUCACAGUAUGAUUUAAUUGCAUCACACAAUCUGUAAAUAGGUUUAUUUCAAGAAAGUCAAAAUGGCACUAGGUGAAUAUUUGGAUUAGGAAGGAUAUUAUUAUCUGUGAACCUACUAGCUCUGAAAUUCUGUGAUUGAUUUAUUUAUCAUAAUUUACAUUGGUGAAUAUUUUUUAUUAAACAAAAUUUUAAAUUAUUCCUCAUAUUUAUCUUGAUUGUUUUAUUUCUUAUAUUAGCUAAUCUGUAUCGAAAUAAAAUUACAUAC